AUGUCAACUUUAUUUUAUUUAUUCAUACUAUAUAAUUUCCUUCAUUGUUCAUUAGUUUUAACUAAAAAUUCAAGUUUAGAUGAGUUUGCUUCUUUUCUUUUAAGAGGACCAUACAGGCUUACAUUUGGGGAUUCCUAUACAACAGGAGAAGUAUUUGAUGAAAAUGAUGAAGAAAAUCAUCCAUUAUAUUCAAAAGAAAAUGAAGGGAAAAUAAAAAAAGUGAAAGGAGAAGAAAUAGAUGAAGUAGAUAGAGAAACAGGAGAAAUGAAUAGAGAAACAGGAGAAGUAGAUAGAGAAACAGGAGAAGUUAAUAGAGAAACAGGUGAAGUAGAUAGAGAGACAGGAGAAGUUAAUAGAGAAACAGGAGAAGUAGAUAGAGAAACAGGAGAAGUUAAUAGAGAAACAGGUGAAGUAGAUAGAGAAACAGGAGAAGUAAAUAGAGAAACAGGUGAAGUAGAUAGAGAAACAGGAGAAGUUAAUAGAGAAACAGGUGAAGUAGAUAGAGAAACAGGAGAAGUUAAUAGAGAAACAGGUGAAGUAGAUAGAGAAACAGGAGAAGUUAAUAGAGAAACAGGUGAAGUAGAUAGAGAAACAGGUGAAGUAGAUAGAGAAAUAGGUGAAUUAUAUAAUGAAGAAUUUGAACUAGACAAUUUUAAACGAGAAAAACAAGCACUUUUAAAAAAAAAUAGUGUACAAAAAGAAGAACAACAACAUGAUAAAAUGAAAGGAUACAUUAAAUGGACGAGAGAAGAAACUAAAAAAGACAAUGAUAAGAAAAAUUAUAUUGAAAUAUAUAAUCCUACUACAUAUUUAAUUCCAGGAGUAGGGGGAAGUACUCUAAUUGCAGAAUAUAAGAACGCACAAAUCAAUAGUUGUGGUAAAAAUGUCUUAAAUUCAAAACCAUUUAGAAUAUGGUUAAGCUUAAGUAGAUUAUUUUCUAUAAAAUCAAAUUUGUAUUGUACAUUUGAUACUCUAAGGUUAAUAUAUGAUGAAAAAAAAAAUUCUUAUAUUAACCAAAAAGGAGUAAAUAUUAGAGUAGAAAGCUAUGGUUCCCUUAAAGGAGUUGAUUAUUUAGAUUAUUUUAAUAAUAAUGGUAUAGGAUUAACUAAAUAUUAUAAUGUCAUAUCAUCUCAUUUUAUCUCUAAUGGUUAUAUAAAUGGAGAGAGUAUAAUUGGUGCACCAUAUGACUGGAGAUAUCCUUUAUAUCAGCAAAAAUAUGAUAUUCUUAAAGCACAUAUAGAAUAUAAUUAUGAAAUGAGAAAUAAAAAAAAAGUAAAUUUAAUAGGUCAUAGUUUCGGAGGUUUAUUUAUUAAUUUCUUUUUAAGUAGAGUAGUAGAUGAUGAAUGGAAAGACAAAUAUUUGAAUUCUGUAAUAUAUAUUAAUUCACCAUUUAAAGGUUCCUUUAAAACAAUUAGAGCAUUGCUUCAUGGCAAUAGGGAUUUUAUAUCAUUUAGCAUUUCUAAAAUUGUUAAACUUUCAAUAUCAGAAGGUAUGAUGAAGGCUAUUGGAAAUAGUAUAGGUUCAUUAUUUGAUCUCAUUCCUUAUAGAGAAUAUUUUGAACAUGAUCAAAUUGUAAUUUUGAUGAAUUUAGAUGAUAACCCAAUAGAUAAUGAAAAAAUACAGUCAUUAGUAAAAUCAUGUGGACUAUACGACCCAGAAUGUUAUACAAACAGAACGGAUGUAAAAUUAAGAGUAUAUACUUUAUCAAACUGGCACAAUUUGUUAAGUCCAGAAUUAAAAAUGAGAUAUGAAAAUCAUUUAAUUUAUACUGAUAGAAAUUUCUCAAUGGAUCAUGGUGUUCCAAUAUUUUGUAUAUAUAGUACUACUAAAAAAAAGAGCACAGAGCAUUUAUUAUUUUUUCAAUCUCCUGAUUUAAGUAAGGAACCUUUUAUUUACUAUGGAGAAGGAGAUGGAACUGUACCACUGGAAAGUUUAGAAUCCUGUAGUAAUUUUGCUAACACAGAAGUUAAGUACUUCAAAGAAAUUGAUCAUUCUGGAGUUUUACGUAGUAAUGAUGUUGCUAAAUAUAUAUAUAGUAAAGCACACAUAAUCUAUGACUAG